UGCCAUCAGCCUGGGGCAGGUCCCAUCUACCAAAGCUUGGAAAGAUCCGCUCGUGUCCUACUUAUACAAAGAUUCUACUUCUGGAUAGGCUGCUGAUAGUCACUGCACUCGUCGCUGCGAACCCUUCUACAGUCAAGAACAAGAAGCCGACUUCCGGACCGAUGGUGCCCUCACCGUCGGAGAGCCUGGGAAUGGAGCACCAAGAUGCUACAUUGGCGCAAGAACGAGUACACAGAGAAAUGGACCGACGGGUACUAUGGAAGCUGGAUCUACACGUCUUACCGCCCUUGACCCUCCUAUGGCUCGCAAACUUCAUUGACCGCACCAAUGUUGGCAACGCAAAAAUUGCAGGCCUCACGACCGAUUUGCAUCUUUAUGGCACUCAGUUCAACAUAGCCCUUGCAGUAUUCUACGCUCCCUACAUUCUGGUCGAACUGCCUUCCAAUUGGAUCUUGAAAAGAGCGAAACCUAGCAGAUGGCUACCCAUCAUUGUCGCCGUAUGGGGCAUGGUAACAACGCUUAGCGGCGUUGUUCAGGAUUACAGCGGAUUGAUAGCCAUUCGCUUCUUCCUCGGGUUCUGCGAGGGGGGCCUGCUUCCGGGAAUUAUACUAUACCUGAGCACCAUAUACAAGCGUCACGAGCUACAAACACGGGUUGGCAUAUUCUAUGCAUCGGCAUCCUUGUCUGGCGCCUUUGGAGGCUUAUUGGCGACGGGAAUUGAGAAGAUGGACGGCAUCGGUGGCCUAGCUGGAUGGCGGUGGAUCUUUAUCCUCGAGGGCCUUAUUACCAUUCUCUUCGCUGUCAUCGCUGCAGUGUUCUUGCCUGCUGACAUAGGUUCAGCGAAGUUCUUCACUGAAGAAGAGAGAGAUUUCGCCCUGAAUCGUUUCCGCGAGGAGAAUAAUAUAGCGGCAAGCGCUCCUUUGUCCGAGCCGGCACAGCGGAUCAACGUCGCGGGUGCACAACUAGAGAAGGUGGACGAAGUCCAAGUAGAAACCCUCACCACGCAUAGCAUCGCACAGUCCGUCAACCAGGAGGACGAGCAGUUUGAAUGGCUGGAGGUCGUCAGGGGUAUCAAGGAACCCCAGGUCUGGAUGUCAGCAUUGUCCUAUCUCGGUAUCAUCAUCAGCCUGUACUCGUUCUCGCUUUUCCUGCCCACCAUCGUUGCAGGCUUAGGGUACUCCGGAGGUCAAGCACAGCUAACACUGUACCUCCAUAUGUCCCUGCUGCAGUCCUUACAGUCGUGGUCGCAGUCGCAAGCGAUCGCCUCCGCCUACGCGGUCCAUUCAUUCUAUUGUUCCUUCCCAUUGCAAUUGCCGGUACGUGAUCGCCCACAUUGCUCACUGAUAAGCCGAUUUAGUGCCUCACCCAUAGGGUACAUCCUUGCGAUCGUAGCGAAGAACAAUACACAACGUUAUGCAGCAGUCUUUCUGAUUGCUUCCGGGAUCUAUCCUUGCGGACCAUGCAUCUUAUCGAUUUUACCUAACAAUACUGCUGGGCAUUACAAGAAAGCAACCGCGGUAGCUCUACAGCUCGCAGUCGCUAAUACAGGAGGCUUUGUUGCUACAUUUGUCUAUACCAACUCCCAAGCGCCGAAGUAUAUUCGGGGACACACGAUUACCGUCUCUUUCUUAGCCAUGGCAUGGGUGGCUAUGUUUGCCAACGUGAUGUACUGCGCACUGGAGAAUAGAGCACGAGCUGCAGGACGCCGUCAGGGCAACCUCAUCGCAUAUCAAGAGCUUUGGGACACAGGGAAGACGAGAGCACCCAUUGGUGACCGACACCCGGAGUUCCGUUUCACGCUGUAAUCGAACGACGACAGUCUCUUGUACGAGAACGUAACGACAGAAUUAAAUUUUCACACAAAGGAAUGUAGAUACAGCUUCGAAUGUCCAAUGUCCAGAGCAGAUACUGGGGUAGCAACUUCAGGUCUGCGUGUAGACAAUAACCUGGUACAAAUCGCCGGCGUAGUCUGCGAAGUGUGUCGUUAGUUGUGGAUUGCGAAGAGGGGAUCGUGCUUACUCGACUGGUCUGCGC